UCAAUGCCACUAGCUCCUUGUCAUUCUACGAUGCUCCAAUCUGUAGCAUCAAGCAAAAGUUAUUCCUUGUAUACAGAUUCAUUAGCAGAUUUCUUUGAUUAUCCUGUAAAUACUUCUAGCAGGAAAAUUCAAAUUGGAAGCCGCAUGAAUGGUGGUUGUGCCAUGGCAACUGAAGAUCUUAGUAAACAAAAUGAUUGGCAGGAUUGGGUUGACCUAAUAAACGAUGAUGAUUCAUUGAAUUCUAAUUUGGAUGAACUUUUUGUUGAUAACUUUGUUGAAGAUCCUGAGCUAAAGGUAACAAAUUAUUCGGAACAACAGUCCAAAGUACUCCAGCGGAUUUCAGCUCCAUCUGAGGAUUCUCCUCAUGCUCUUAACUCCACAUCCUCAGCAAGUGGUGGUCCAACCAAAAUGCGCAUGUGUUGGACACCUGAGGCCUUUGCUGAAGCAGUCAAUAAACUUGGUGGCAGUGAAAGAUCUUCAGAGAAAAAGUUUACCCGCAUUGAGGAAGUUGCAUCUCUGGACUUGAAAACUAUCAGGUUGUUUCCCAUACGGAUUGCUAGACUGGAUUUAUUCAGACCUCUUAACUUAUAUGUGGGCAGGGCUAUUGAGCUCACUGAAGCAAUACGAUUACAGAUGGGAGUCCAAAAGCGCUUGCAUGAGCAGUUAGAGAUUCAAAGAAAUAAUCUACAGCUGAGAAUAUAAGAGCAAAGGAGAUAUCUCCUGAUAAUGUUUGAGAAGCAAUGCAAAGCAAGUGAUACUUUGAAGACGUCAUCGUCGUUGUCUGCCCCUACCCUGGAAAACUUCUUUGCUAAUACUGAAUGAUGAAAGGAGCUUUGGAACUCUGAUGUUCAGAUCUGCUCUCUCUCUCUCUUUCUCUCUCUCUCUAAAAUUCUCAGGACAUGUUUCUAGAGUUUUGGCAGAAGAAACAACCAUUCAAUAACCUCCAAGUGUUGAAAUUUCCUAUGAACCCAACUGGGAUUAGCUCUACCUUGAUGAGAUGCACGUAUCAUCAACCUUCUAAUAAUAAAACAACCCCCAAAUUUUGGUUUUA